UCCCACUUUCGGCUUGGCGCCGGUGUCUGUAGCUGUGCUCGGUUAACCGGAGGGGACUCUUGGGGUUGCGUAGGAAGUCAUGGCCGGGUUUCCCGCCGCGAGCAGGAGAAGGCACGGAGAGUCCCCGACGCCUCUCCCUGGCUCCUCGUCCGGUACCGGGCACCCUCCGAGCAAGCGGGCCCGCGGCUUCCCGGCGGCCAUCGGCCCCGACCCCGAAGACCCCUUCGGCGCGCACGAGGAAUUCACCGCCGACGACCUAGAGGAACUCGACAUCCUCGCGUCACAGGCCCUGGGCCAGUGUCCGGCCGAGGUUCGGAGCCUGUCCAAUGUUCAUAAGGUCCGCAGAUUAGAUGGGAUGUCAAAAAACCCUACAGGAAAGGACAGAGACACUGCUCCAGUUAAAGAUAAUUUUGAAUUAGAAGUACUUCAGACACAAUUCAAAGAACUGAAAGAAAAGCUGAAGGCAAUGGAAGAAGAAGUCCUAAUUAAGAAUGGAGAAAUUAAAAUUUUGCGUGACUCACUGCACCAGACGGAAUCUGUUUUAGAAGAGCAGAGAAGAGCACAUUUCCUUCUUGAGCAAGAAAAAACCCAAGCACUCAGUGACAAAGAAAAGGAGUUCUCCAAAAAGCUCCAAUCACUGCAGACUGAACUCCAGUUUAAAGAUGCGGAAAUGAAUGAAUUAAGGACAAAGGUGCAGAGCAGUGAACGAACAAAUAAAUUGUCUGCCCCUUCCAUCUCUCACGUCAGUCCUAGGAAAGACUUUGCUGUGGUUACAAAGCCAGAAGCACACUUUGGGAAAACAAUUUUCCCUACAAAGGAGUCUUUUAGUGCUAACAUGCCACUGUACCAUCCCUGCCAGACAGAUGCAGGACACAAGCCUCUAGUGGGCCAGGAGGUUUCAGAUAAUAUGACCCAAGGUCUGAGAGGCAACCCCAUAAAGCAAGAAGUACAGCAGAAAAGUCUUAUUGACAGCUGGAUGCAGAAACCACACACUCAAGGUUCCAUUUUGAUAAACCUGCUCCUGAAGCAGCCUUUGAUCCCUGGGUCAUCCCUUGGUCUUUGCCACCUCCUGAGCAGUGGUUCUGAGGUUCCAACUGGCACCCUUUUGCAGCCGCCUGGGCUUCCCAGCACCUUGGCUGGGACUUCAAGCCUUAGGACCACAGGGUCUCAUGAUGGGUCGUUUUCCCCUUCUGUCCUGAGAGAAGCACAGAACCUGGCAUUGACUGGACUGAACCUUGUUGCCAGGAGUGAAGGCUCACGUGACAGAGACCCAGCAGAGGGAGGCGGAAGAGCCUUCCCACUCUGCCAGCUUCCUGGAGCCGUGCACCUGCUCCCCCUUGUACAAUUCUUCGUCGGCUUACACUGCCAGGCUCUGCAGGAUUUAGCAACAACUAAGAGGAGUGGACCACCGGGAGACUCUCCCAGACAUGCUUCCUGUGUGAGCUCUGGAGUAGAGGUCAGCCCCGAGGACUCAAUCUGCAGCCUGGAAAAUUUCUCUGUGGCUUCACUUAGCAUCCUUUACCAUCUGGUGUGCCACAGUGGAGCAGUGGUCUGCUUGUUACUGUCGGACCAGGGGGCAGAUUCUGCUGCUGGGGAAGGAAAUGGGACAGACAGACAGACUUGUGCAGAUAAGAGCUCAGCCCCUACGGAGGUUGCUGAUGACCAAGGACAGCACCCAUUGUUGAAGAUGCUUCUUCAUUUAUUGGUUUUCUCUUCUGCAGCAUCAGGUCACUUUCAAGCUAGUGUUGUGAGCCAGUGCCUCAAGGUUUUGGUGAAAUUAGCUGAAAACGCUUCCUCUGAUUUCUUGCCCAGGUUCUGCUGUGUGUUGCCAGCGCUGCCUCAGUGCCUCAGCCCAGAGCUGCCGCUGCCUUGUGUGCUGCCGGCAGUUGAGCUGCUCUCGCUCCUCGCGGACCAAGACAGCCUCGCGCAGCAGCUGUGCUCUCACUCAGAAGGCUGCCUCCUCCUGCGGCUGCACACGUAUAUCACAUCAAGGCCUGACAAGGUGGCCUCAGAGAUGCAGUGGCUUCAGCUGGAACAAGAGGUGGUGUGGCUCCUGGGCAAGUUGAGUGUGCAGAGCCCUUCCUCCCGAGUCACUGGCUCUGACUGCCAAUGUAAUGUGGAGGUGGUCAGAGCGCUCACUGUGAUGCUGCACAGACAGUGGCUGACUGUGCGGAGGGCCAGGGCAGGCCCCAGGACUGAGCAGCAGAAGCGCACGGUGCGCUGUCUGCGGGACACAGUGCUGCUGCUGCACAGCCUGUCCCAGAGAGACAAGCUCUUCACUACACACUGCGUGGAGGUCCUGCAUCAGUAUGACCAAGUGAUGCCAGGGGUCAGCAUGCUGAUUCGAGGACUUCCUGAUGUGACUGACUGUGAAGAGGCAGCCCUGGAUGACCUCUGUGCUGCGGAGACAGACAUGGAGGACCCAGAGAUGGACUGUAGCUGAGGCCCAGAGCAUCCAGCCACACGGUGGCACCAGCACCUUCUGCUUUCCUAUCUCAUCCACUGAUUAAAAGCACUAACCAGCAGUUCCUGCUGAGAACACCA